UAUGAUGGCUAACCAAAUAACUUCUAACCUCAUUAAAAUUAAAUGUCAAAAAUAUUAUUAUACGCAGAAAAUUUACAAGAAAUAAUCUCAAAAUGUUUGAGAUUUCGUAUAAAAAAAUUUUCAUUUAUACUUUAACGUUUCUGGCAUAUACGUAUUCUGGUUUUGGUUCCGGUGUAUUACAAAAUUUACGGGAUUCUAUAGCUGCGGCAGAACUUGUUUUUGGAGAUGUUGUUGAAAAUGUAGCGUAUGUUGCAAAAAAAUUUAAGAAUUUCCAUGAAAUAUUUGAUGCGGCUGUUGAUGAAGAAUGUAUUUUUACUUGUCCUGGAGGAAUCACUCCCAGGAAGAAUAAAAAUCAUACACCAAAAUCGAAUGGAUGUGGUUCGUUCGGCUUAAAUAUUGAUAAAAAUUAUUUACCACUAACGGAAAUGACAAAAUGUUGUGAUUCUCAUGAUAUUUGCUAUGACACAUGCAAUUCUGCAAAAGAAUUAUGUGAUUUAGAAUUUAAACGAUGUCUUUAUAAAUAUUGUGAUACGUAUCAACAAACUACGGCUAUUGGCGAACAGGCGUCAAGAGCGUGCAAAGCUGCGGCUAAGGUCUUGUUUACAGGAACUUUAACAUUAGGAUGUAAAUCGUAUAAGGAUGCACAGAAAGAAGCGUGUUAUUGUGCCGAAAAUAAGAAAUAUGAUUCAAAGAAAAAAUGGACAACAGGUGAAGAGCUUUAAUUUUGUACCUAAUGAAUUGUUUUAGCUAAUUUAUUUUUAGUUUGUUAUCAAAUUUUGAUACGUUUUAACCUUGAAUCUCGAUUUGUUUUAUUAUAUAUUAUAAAUAAAUAUACGUAUUAAACCAGA